AUGCGUCAUCCUCGGCGUCAUCCUCAUCAUGGUGAAAAAUAUUCCAAUAUAGAUAUAAAUCCUAAGUCUACUAUGAAUAGUACCGAUUGCAACCAGUUGGACCCAUCCCCUCCCCAGGUUCGAAAACGUGGGCGACCAUUUAAAAAGAAGUCGAACAAACUAGUUCAUUUUAGUCAGAGUUCACCAAAUUCAUUAUCUGAUACACUUAGUGUUAGUAUAACAAAAAUUUCUCAUGAAAGUGAAACAUUUUAUGCGAAUAAAAUGUAUAAAUCUCCAAUUUUAUCGACAUCAGAUGAUUCUAUUUCACAGUAUACUCGUGAAUUAAGACCUCGUACAACAAUAACAACACCGCCACCACCACCACCACCACCAACAACAACAACAACAUCGAAUUGUCAUCCACCUGUAAAAGAUACUUACGACGAAGAGAUAAAUUUCGACGUAUUCCACAUGAUAUUCCAAAUAAUUCAUUACAUGACAGUUUAUCUACAGUAG